UGCGCAGAACCGCCAAGUAGCACAUCUCGAUAGGUAGCAUAGAUCGAUAGAACACCCGGCUGUGAUGGACCGCUGGAAGGGCAGAGUGGCUUUGGUGACCGGAGCCUCGGUCGGGAUAGGGGCGGCCAUAGCUAAAGAGCUGGUCCGGUACGGUAUGAAGGUAGUGGGCUGUGCCAGGGACGUCGAAAAAAUACAGAAACUGUCAGAUGAGUGUCAAAGUACAGGCCACAGUGGUGUGUUGGUACCUUUCAAGUGCGACUUGAACAACGAGGAAGAGAUUCUGUCCAUGUUCGCUGCCAUCAAAGCGCAGCACAAAGGGGUGGAUGUGUGCAUCAACAACGCUGGCUUGGCUCAUCCAGAGUCACUGUUAAAUGGCAACACCAGUGGCUGGAAGAACAUGAUGGAUAUCAACGUUCUUGCAUUGUGUAUAUGCACACGUGAAGCAUAUCAGUCAAUGAAAGAAAGAAGUGUUGACGAUGGGCACAUCAUAAACAUAAACAGCAUGAGUGGACAUCGUGUAGUACCCAGUACUGAUGUACAUUUCUACAGCUCCACCAAGUACGCUGUGACGGCCCUGACCGAGGGCCUGAGACAGGAGCUGCGUGAGGCCAAAACCCACAUCAGAGCCACAUGUAUUUCUCCUGGUGUAGUAGAGACUGAAUUUGCUCCUCGGCUCUACAGAGACAAUGCUGAUAAAGCUGCUGCUUCAUAUACUAAAUUUAAGCCUUUGGAAGCAAUAGAUGUUGCUAAUUCGGUUACUUACGUCCUAAGUGCCCCUCCCCAUGUCCAGAUUGGGGACAUUCAGAUGCGACCUGUGGAGCAGGUGUUGUAGUUCUGCACCAUACAGACACAUUCUUCCUCCCACUGGUUUACUACAAUGACUAUCUGAUCAUGGAAUAAGUUUGGUAUUUUGUACUAUAACUUUGCACUUAAAUAAUUAAAAGAUUUUGAAGAUAUUUGUUGCCCUUCAACUUAAUUAUUAUACAGAAGGAAAUUAGAUUUGUAGCUCGGCAAGAACCAUUUGGACCACAGGGAUUGUUCCAGUGACAGCAGGGUCCGCUAUGGGGACUGCCAUUGGUGUCCAAUUGUUGUCAAAAAGUUUUUGUCAGAAAGAAUACAAAAAAUACACAAAUAAUAAGAACAUGAAAAUAUAUAUUUAAAGAUCUUUUACAUUUCUAUCAGUAAAAUAUCCAGGAGAAAAGCUUCAAUCUUCAAUCCAAAAAAUAUUAGUAAAUCAUCCAACAAAAUUGUUUGUGAAAUAUUAAGAACAAAACAAAUCUGUAAUAUAUACCCCCAAAAACUGUAAAAUAUCGUAACAAAAUGUAGUAAAAUAUAUUACUAAAAUAUGUGAAAAUGAUCGCAUAUGUCUGCGCUUUAUUUUUAGUUUAGGGUCAAUUAGCAAAUGUUAGCAUGCUAGCACCCUAAACAAAGAUUGUGACCAUGGUAAAUUACACUUGCUUCUCAUCAGCAUGUUAGCAUUGUGAUUGUGAGCAUGUUGCCAUACUGACGUUAGCGUUUAGCUUACAGUACUUCUGUGCUCAUUCACAGCCUCACAGAGCAGCUAGCAGCUGUAGACUCUCUGUUACUCAAUAAAUGAAUGAUUCACGGAA